UGAGGCGUGUGCGCGCGCGUGUGCGCGAGAGGGACAUAUGUGAGGACUUCCCUCAGAGCUUCACAGUGAUCAUGGCGAAGCUCUCAGACACUUUACAGCGGUCACACCGGAUCUCUCGGUAAUAACGCGCUCUAACACCGACUCUGGGAUGUAAACCUGACGGUUUAAUUCGGUGUAACGGCGCGUUUUCGCUCUCUGAUGCUGUUGCUUCUGUACCUGAGGGAAUUCUUCUCUGCAAGUUCAUAGUGGCCCAGUUGCACUAGUCAGAACUCCAACCACUAAAGAGGAUGAUUGAAGACGGAGGGAGGAGAGGAAGGACGAUGGCGGACAAGACGCAGCUCUUCACAGAGAUGAAAGCGCAGAAUUUCGACUUGAUCCGACUCUCGACAUAUCGCACAGGCUGCAAACUCCGCUUCGUCCAGAAGAAAUGCAACCUGCACCUGGUGGACGUGUGGAACAUGAUCGAAGCAUUUCGGGAAAACGGCCUGAACACGUUGGAGCACAGCACAGAGCUGAGCGUGUCCCGGCUGGAGACCAUCGUCUCGUCCAUCUACUACCAGCUCAACAAGCGACUGCCCACCACCUACCAGAUCAACGUCCAGCAGAGCAUCAGCCUGCUGCUCAAUUUCCUGCUGGCUGCACACGACAGUGAGGGCCAGGGGAGCGUGACCGUGUUCUCUGUUAAGGUGAUGUUGGCUCUACUGUGUGGAGGGAAGAUCGUGGAUAAACUGCGCUAUAUUUUUUCUCAGAUUUCGGACUCUCAUGGAGCGAUGACUAUCUCCAAAUUCGACCUCUUCCUGUUAGAGGCACUUAAACUGCCCUCCGCUGUGUUCGAGGGUCCGUCCUUCGGUUACACACAACAUUUUGCCCGCUCCUGUUUUCCACAACAGAAGAAAGUGAUGUUGAACACGUUUCUGGACACGAUGAUGGCUGAUCCUCCUCCUCAGUGUCUCGUCUGGUUGCCCCUCAUGCAUCGCCUUGCUAAUGUGGAGAAUGUGGUCCACCCGGUCAGCUGUUCGUAUUGCCGUGGUGAGAGCAUGGUUGGUUUCCGGUACCGCUGCCAGCAGUGCUUUAACUACCAGCUGUGUCAGACCUGCUUCUGGCGUGGCCAUGCCAGCGGAAACCAUAGCAACCAACACCAAAUGAAGGAGCACUCGUCCUGGAAAUCUCCUGCUAAGAAGUUGGGCCAUGCCAUUAGUAAAUCGUUUGGGUGUGUACCGAGCCGAGAACCCACUCACCCCAUCUACCCUGAGGACCCAGAGAGACCAAUUGACCUCUCAAACAUUGUUCCACCCCGUCCUGUUCCAGACAACAUGACUAUCUCAGCACCACCCCCUUCUGGAAGCCCUGCCUCCAGCCAAAGGGUGCAGGGUAUUGCUGCUGCUCAGCGUCUGAAUGAGGAACACGCAUUGAUUGCAGCUUAUGUGAACAAACUGCAGUCAAGCCCACGUGCUCUGGACUGUCCUAACCGAAUGGAUGAGGAACACAAGUUAAUCGCUCGGUACACAGCUCGCUUAGCAUCAGACCCUGGCAACAAUGCUAGAUCUCCAAAGCUUGACUUCGACAGUAACAAGCACCAACGACAGCUCAUAGCAGAACUGGAACACAAAAACAGGGAGAUCUUGCAGGAGAUCCAGCGGCUGCGUUUGGAGCACGAGCAGGCAUCCCAACCCACUCCAGAGAAAGCUCAGCAGAACCCCACACUGCUGGCUGAACUACGGCUGCUCAGGCAGAGGAAGGAUGAGCUGGAACAGAGGAUGUCUGCUCUGCAGGAGAGCAGGAGGGAACUCAUGGUUCAGCUAGAGGGACUGAUGAAACUACUGAAGGAAGAGGAGCAGAAACAGGCCGCCCAGGCAGCAGGCACUCCUCAAUCCUCUCCCAGCCACGCGGCCUCUCGUCCAAUCCCCAUGCCCGUUCGCUCCACAGGCUCCACGCCCACACACACUGGCCACGCCCCCUCCUAUGUGCCUCAGGACUCUUUGGCCGGAGUGGGCGGAGACGUACGCGAGGCUUUUGCUCACGGAGCACGUAGAAACCUGCGUAAUGAUCUUCUUGUAGCAGCCGACUCCAUUACCAACACCAUGUCCUCCUUGGUCAAGGAGUUGCACACUGAGGAAGAAGGGGUGGAGGAAGACGAGCGACUGCGGAAUGGAAGACACAGAGGUGCAGCGGUCGGACAGGUGAGAGCGACAGUCCAGCAGACUCCACCCAGAGAAACGAAGCGCUCCGUCCACACGCCGCUGUCGUGAUGGCAGCGGCGGCGACGACGAUCUGGCGUUCUUGCAUCAGCCAAUCAGAGAAGAGCUUCAGGAGCCACUGUUUAUAACUGAUGAUGUCAUUUUUGAACGGAAGAUCCUGUUGUUUUAGUUUUUUUUCCCCUUUUGGUUUUGUUUUGUUUGUUUUUGGGUUUCUAUUAUAAGCUCAGUUUGAUUUUGCUGAUUGAUUUUGUUGAAAGCUAGAAGAUUUAAAAAAAAUAAAAAACUACUGAUUAGGCCCCCGGUUUGGACUGCGGACGUACGAUGAAGACGAGGUGCGACGGUACGAAGGUUUUGUGUUAUGGCCAAAGUAAAGAUGUGAAGGAGGAAUGAUGGAGGGAUGAAGGAUGAGGUGGAGAAGGUGAAAGUGAUGUGAUGUGAAUAGAGCAGGUCGCUUAUACUGUAUGUGGUUAAAGUAAGGAUGAUGUAGUUAAAGACUGAAUCAUUUAGUGCUGUUAAUUUAUCUUUUUUUUUGUGUUUUUAUUUUAUUUAUUUUCAUCAGACAGCGUUUAAGCUCUUGCAGUUGUACGAGUCAAAGGAGAUCUUCAUGAUCAUGAAUCUUGGGCCUCCGGGUAACAAUGAAGCCUAGUUUCAGACUAAAUGAUUGUUUUAAUUUGUAUCGUCUUAGUCUAAGGCUCGACUUCUUCUGAUUGAUUCACUAGAAUCUGAUUCACUAGACAGCAUGUUAACAGGAAAACAACACCGAUAGACGUCGUCAUCACUGAUCAUGAUUAUCUUCACUUACACAGAUUCUGUUCUAGUGGCAGCUAAUGUUUUUUUUUUUUUUUUGGUGCUAAGCACAACUAGACUAUUCUUAGUGUGCUUUCACACCCACUGAUUCGUUUGCAGGCUCCGAUUCAGAGUGAAAAUGAUUUGUUUGGUUCAUUUGCGGUUUGGUUUCACAAAAAUGUUGUUUAAGGGGUGUGUCGAGCUGAUGUUCGAAAUAUGUUGAUGGAACGUACUCGAACAUGGAGCUGGCACUAAAUAAAUGACUGCAUAUUUCUGUAAACAAUUAUUUUAAAAUUUUUCAGUGUUUAUGGUCAAGUUUUUUUUGGUCCACAUGGCAUUUGUGCAGUGCUACAGCGCUGUCUCUGUUCAAGCAUGUUUCAGUCAUUCACUUCCUUUAGUGAGUCGAAUCAAAGUCAAAUUAUCCCACUUACUCAGAGUUUACUUCCUGCAUUGAGUCGAUUCAGAGUCAAAUCACGUUCUCAUUAGAGUUCAGCUUCCUUUAGAGUCGAAUCAGAGUCAAAUCACAUUCUCAUUAGAGUUCAGCUUCCUUUAGAGUCGAAUCAGAGUCAAAUCACGCUCUCAUUAGAGUUCAGCUUCCUUUAUUGAGUCGAAUCAGAGUCAAAUCUCGCUCUCAUUAGAGUUCAGCUUCCUUUAUUGAGUCGAAUCAGAGUCAAAUCUCGCUCUCAUUAGAGUUCAGCUUCCUGUAGUGAGUCGAAUCAGAGUCAAAUCUCGCUCUCAUUAGAGUUCAGCUUCCUUUAGUGAGUUGAUUGAGACAGUUACCAUUUUUGAACUCUACUAGAAAUGUUAUGAAUUGCUGGAAUAUCUAAUUAAUUCUUUAUUUUUCAUAGCAUGCAAAAAUCCCGCAUACCUUUUGAUUGGAACACAGUGUUUGGAAUUAGCCCCUUGAAGUAUAUGAUCAUGGAUUCACUUCUUUGUGCUUGAGUUUGUGUAAAUAUUAAAAGUAAUAGAUUUAGAUUUAUAGAAGUUAUUUCAGGUACAGAAAAGAAGAAGGACGACUGAAUAUAUAUGUACUGUGUUUGAACAGGACUCUUACCCGUGAUGCCUCUGUUUGUGGUUUUUAUUUAAGCACUGUUUGCAGUUGCUCUCACGCACACACACACACUCACUCACACUCUCUCUGAUCUGCUGUGCUAUGUUCUUUUUAUACAGGUGUGUGUGUGUGUGUGUGUGUGUGUGUGUGUGUGUGUAUAAAAUGAAGUAUGUACUUCUGGAUUGUCACUAUAAUGAAGCUUAUAGCUGGAGUGUCCUAUUCACGUGUGUGUGUGUGUAGAGUUCAGGGGCUCAUGGUGCCGGUAACCACUGAGUUCAAACCUUCACAAAAAAUAAAUAAAUCAGACCAUCGGUUUUGUUCUCGUCGAGUCUCAUAACCACCGAACAUUUCAAACGAAUCGUCUCUGAUUUUUCAAAUGUAUCCAGAUUAAAAAUCUAUUUUUAAAAGGAAA